GUGAAGGCUACCGCAGAGAUUUUAACCUUCAAAUUCAUGGAUCCGAUUCGUAACGUGUUACUUUUUUGGUGCCUUGGACUAUAUUUGCUGGGCAUCUUGAAUUCUUUUUGGACUUUCCAGAGCGUGGGGCUGUGCUUGCAGUUUCCUUUUGACUUUUGAGACACAUUUUCAGCUUAAACACUGUGGUCACUGUUUAGCCAACUUGCCUGGUCAUCAUGGGCCGAACACCACAGAGAGAUUCAAAAGAGGAGAAGAAGGAGAGGCGGAGCAGCAUCACAGCAGGCUCUGCCCUCGACAAAUCAAACGAACCAUUUAGUUGGGAAGACUAUCUGAGAGAAACUUCAUCUGUUGCAGCAUCACCUACUUGCUUCAAACAGUCUAGAAUACCCCCUUCCAAUGAUUUUAAAGCAGGCAUGAAGCUUGAGGCUCGAGACCCCCGCAACUCUAAUUCAGUGUGCAUUGCCACGGUGAUGGGCAUGAUGGGGACUCGCCUGCGACUCCGGUUGGAUGGCAGUGACAACACGAACGAUUUCUGGCGGCUGGUGGACUCUUUGGACAUCCAGCCAAUAGGAACUUGUGAAAGGAGCGGAGACAUGCUGCAGCCCCCACUGGGUUUCCGGAUGAAUGCAUCCUCGUGGCCCAUGUUUCUCCUGCGGACGCUCAGCGGUGCAGAGAUAGCUCCCGCCUCUGCUUUUAAGAAGGAGCCAGCCAGCCCAGCUAAAAACUACUUCCAGCCCGGCAUGAAACUGGAGGCGGUGGACAGGAAAAACCCCUACCUGAUAUGUCCUGCCACAGUGGGAGAUGUCCGAGGCCAGGAGAUUUUUGUUAUGUUUGACGGCUGGCGUGGUGCCUUCGAUUAUUGGUGCCCCUUCGACUCCAGAGACAUCUUCCCUGUUGGCUGGUGUGCCCUGACUAAGCACAGCUUACAACCGCCAGGAAACUUCUUUACCCUUCCUGGUGCACUUCUCGCCCCGGUUUCUUCUGCAUCUGCAACACGUCGCUCCUCUUUCAACUCCUCCUCCUCGACCUCCAUGCAGACCUCAUACCGGCUGCCAAAUCCCCUGCCACCCCUCCCUGUCCGCAAGGGUGUCCGAGGUCGCCGUCCCAAAUCCCAGACCAUUGCUUUGUUGAAAGCAGCGGCAGAGGCAGCAGCAGCAGCAGCAGCGGCAGCGAAUGGAUCACCUCAGAGCCCAGUGACUGAGACCUCACUGGUCCCCAGACCACACAAGAAGAGAGGUCCCAAGCCUAAAGGCAAGAAGAAACCUCUAAUGGGGCAAUCUCCAGGUUCAUCCCCAGUUAUAACUCCGCCUCCAGAGACCAAACUGAACACGAGCCAUGUCUCUGUGGACAGCAACCUCAGCAACGGCUCAAAUGUAAUUUGCACAGUGUGUGUCUAUGUCAACAAGCAUGGCAACUAUGGCCCACAUCUUGAUCGAAAACUGGUCCAGCAGCUGCCGGACCACUUUGGUCCAGCUCCAGUCAACACAGUCCUUCAGCAGGCUGUUCAGGCCUGUGUGGACUGUACAUACCAACCCUCUGUGCUGUUGUCCUUUUUACAAAGCCAGUCCCACUCAGGAGGAGAGGUCAUUAGAGUUUGCUCAGAGCAUGGUAUCCGCUAUGUGAAGCUGCCCUCUGCCUCCAGUGCGUCUUCUGUGUUGCGGUUCUUGGAAAACAUGUGCCAACACCUGGAGAGUGACAGUCUUUUCAGCUCGCAGCCCUUUAACCCGUACAGCAACAACACACGCUUCUACAACAGAACCAAAUCAGAACCACUGUCCGUCACUGAGAAUGGCCAUGACAAUCCAUCUAAGGAACCUACACCUACCCCUCGCCCCCUCCACAACACACUGGACUACAGAGGAGCAAAAAGGGAGCGAGCCUCUUAUCCUGGACACACGCAAACACCACCACCCCUUCGACGAGUCGGCUCCAAUCCCACCGAGCUUGGCCCUGUAAAUACACACAGACGAGUGGAAGCAGCUAGCUCAACAACAGGUCCAGAUCAGAUGAAACAGGACAGAGAGACUUCAGGGAACAAUGCUUCCUCCUGGUCAGUCGAUGAUGUCAUAAAGUUUGUCCAAGAGGCGGAUCCACAAACUCUUGGUCCGCAUGUUGACCUGUUCAGGAAACAUGAGAUCGACGGCAAGGCUCUGAUGUUGCUGCGCAGUGACGUCAUUAUGAAAUACAUGGGACUGAAGCUGGGCCCAGCUCUAAAACUGUGUCAUCACAUCGAGAAGCUGAAACAGACCAAACAUUAGAUGAUGAUGAUGAUGAUCAUGAUGAAGGGACUGUUUUCUCACUGGGAACCAAACACACUUAUCAGUCUGCAGGAAUGUGGAGCAUUGGAACUCCAUUAAGGACAUUGAGGUCAUUUCCUGGUACUUUUUGGGAAUAAAAGGUUUUGGUAACAGGAAAAUUGUUUUCAUUUUAAGAUCUUAGAAAUAGUGAGAAUCAUAUGAACUGAGGCUGAAAAAUCAUAAUUGCUCUGAUUUUUGUUGAUGAUCUUUAAUUUUAAGUAAAUUUUCAAGCAUAAUUUUGACUUUCAAUGUAGAAAAAUUCAUAGAACACACAAUUAUAGAAAAAUAAACACCAAAUUGUAAACUUUGAUUUCUAUUUUUAAGCUAAUUAUUUCAAAAUUACGAUCACCUACCAUGAGCACAAUAAGUUAACAUAUGCACAGCAGCAGUUAGUAUCAGACAUCCUAGCAUUGGCAUUAGGUUUGUUUUGUUUGUGUAUUUUUAGCUUAUUAUGAAUUAAAGAAGGCCAUUAUUUUUGAGUCCCAAUAAGUCUAACUUUACAUUUGCAUCUUGUAGCUGGUAAAACUCGGUACACGGAUCCGAAUUUAAAGCUAGCGCCACUGCACAAAAGACUGGAAAACAUUAGUCUAGGUACUGACAUUAAGUGAGGUUUCUCAAUGCCUGUUUUGAAACAGAUAGUUAAAUAGUUUAUGCAUGCGGCAGAAUGUAUGGAUGCUAACAGGGACUGAACGACAGCACCUCAGUUAUGGGAAUUAAAAGGGUUUAAUCCCAGAAAUGUUGGAGAAGUCUUGUUUGCUAAAGUCAAUUGUUACAGUACAGUUUUAUUGACAAAGAUUAUGUAUUAAGAUUAGCAGAGUGGAACCUAAUUUGACUCAGAAAGUGGCAGUCUUGUAUAAAAAUGCCUUCCCGAGUUACAGAAGUGCAAUGGUAUGCAUGCUGGAUGACAUUCAUGCUGGCCAGCCUCAUCUUGACUGCUGAUAGUCACACACACUCAAAAACAAGUGACUGGAAUACUCUUUAAGUGUACUGAUAUUAACUUAAAAAUGACAUCAUUUAUAGUGAAGUCUGAUUGCUGUACAGGUGCUGCUCCUACCUGAAGAUAAUGGAGAAAUAGUUUUGUAUAAAAGUUAACUUAACAGGUAGGUUGUUUGUUUUUUUUAAAUAGUUUUCUACUGUAUCAACGUAUACCAGCCUGUAUCAAGUGUAACCACUUUUUUUUUAGCCUCAAUAGUGUUUUGUGUGACCAUCAAAUAUCUACCUGCAGAGUAACAAUGUGUUUGAGUAAAUACUCUCUUGUUUCAAAGUGUUGGCCUGUUUUUUUUUUUUUUUUCAUGGCAGAAGUUCUUAUUUUCUAAACAUUUCAAAGUCAUUCUCAGACCAAAUCACCUCUGCAUUUCACACUAGCUGCAUUUUCCAUUAUAAAUGUGUGCAAAACGUUGUCGAUAUUCUGCCAAUGUCGAAAAAUCAAUUGGCAAUUGCGGUGUUUCCGUAAAGUAAGAAAUGCUAUUAGAAUAACACAUGAAAAGGUAAUUCUGAAACCAAAUGACCAUCAAAUUGCACAAAUUGUAAUUACAAAAAUGGAAUGCUUAAUGGAAACUUGCCAAUUCUGAAAAAACUCCUUUUUUUGCAUCACACGAGUCACGUGAUCAACAACCGGAUGUUACUACUGGCGAAAAAGAUGAAGACGACAGGAAGUAGUAGGAGGAUGCUGUUGUCAUGUUAACAAACUUAUUCACUUGUGAUUUUAUUUUAAUUGCAUUUCUAAUUUAAUGGAAACACCGCAAUUGAGAAAUUGUGUUUUUUUUAUUCGACAUUAGCAGAAUAUCGACAACAUUUUGCGCACAUUUGUAAUGGAAACACAGCUAAAGUCACUCUCCUAUAGUGGUAACAAGUUGAUACUUGAAACCGUGUUGCUUUAAUGUGAAACUCAGGUUUUAGUGAGGGUUUUCUCUCUUAGAAAAUGUUUUACAUAAUAACAUUUUGUUUUCAGUACUCCAGCAUAAUAUUCAAUAUGUUUAUUUUUAAUGGCUAUGUAUUGCUCUGUACCAUUUUUUGUGUAUCGACACAAUUUUUCUACUGUAUCCUAAGUUUGUUUAAUAUGUCUGCUAUGCAUUCACCCAAUUAAAAAUUGGUUUACAUUA